CACACCUACAACACACACCUACAACACACACCUACAACAUACAACAAACACAUAAACAAACCUAGCAACCGCCCCUAUCACAAUGUCGCUACCACCACCACCAGAACUCGAGACCACCAACACCAGUCCCACCCCCGACCCCCACCCUCACCUAACCGCCCUCCGCACCCACGGCUUCGUAACCAUCCCCUCCCUCCUCAGCCCCCAAGAACUAACCGCCCUGCGCGCCGCCGCAUCCAACCUCACCGCCGUCGCCCGCGCCGGCGGCUGGCCACACGUGCGCACCGUCGGCAAGCAGUUCCCUCCCUGGGACGCCUCGCUCGUGCCUGACCGCGCGGGGAUAUGGGGGGUGCAGCAUCUGUUGCAUCCGGGGUUGCCGGGGGGUGAAAAGGGGGAUGGGGAUGGUGAUGGGGAAGAGGAGGACGACGGGGAGCUGACGAUGGAGCUCUUCAACAUGCUCGUGCGCCCCGCCGGGGUGGGUGUGGCGCCCGGGGACCGCCCGUUCGAGCUGCGCUGGCAUCGCGACGACAUACCCGCGACGGCGACCGCCGAGGAGGAGCUGGCCAGGCUCAAGGGCCCCGACGACAAGUACGUGCACACGCAGUGGAACAUGCCGCUGUAUGAUGACGAUAGUUUGAUCGUCAUCCCCGGCAGCCACGCGCGCGCCCGGACCGACGAGGAACGGAAUGCCGCGCCAUAUGAGGAGCACAUUUCGGGGCAGGUGAGGGUGCAGUUGAAGGCGGGCGAUGUGGUGUUUUAUGAUAACAAUAUCUUGCAUCGCGGGGUGUAUGAUGUGACAAAGGAGAGGAUGACGCUGCACGGGUCGGUGGGGCAUGUCGAGGGGAGUCGGGAACGGGCGAGGAAUGUACUCCAGCAUGGGGUCGGGGAUUGGGUUGACCGGUGUGACUUUUCAGCGCUGGGAGAAGGGAGGCAGAGGAAGAUGGCCGAAGGAAUGAGGAGACGGUUGGUUCAACUAGGGAGAGAAAACGAGGGGAAGGAUGUUGGGUUCUCUUUGGAGGGUUAG